CUGUUGACCCUUGACUUUGAAACAUAACAUGUUCACAUCUCUAUUUACUCUGCAGCCGGCAGCCCUCGCCUAUGAGAUUAUUCUGUUCACAAUUAGGGGUCUGCUGUAUCCGAGAGUUCUCUUUCAUUUCCAGCUUUUGGAGAGUGAAUGACUGGAAGAGGAAAGAGGUGGUGAAUUUUGAUAAAAGGGAAGAUUAGAUUUGUGCUUCCAGUAGCAUUCGGCUAACUCAGGUCUUCUCUCUCGAUUUUGGCAGCUGUCUAAGUGAACUGAGAAGAUCAGCUGCGUGAAGUAAGCUUGUUCGGUUCGCUGAACGAAGCCUAUGAACUGGGUUGCUCGGUCCAUCGCUCUGCUCUCAACUUGUUCGGUAAAAUGUCGACAAAGUUUUUCUAAUUCUCUCAAUAUGCCAGGAUAGGAAUAUCGAUCAUUGAAGGCUUUCUUAUUUAUAACAGCUUAAAUUGGGUAAUCGACAUGGCUACCAAUGAAGGAAACAGUAAUGAUGAAGGAAUUAAAUUGGCAUUGUAUAAAGCUGCGAUAAGUGGUGACUGGGAGAAGGCUGCAUCCUUACAACCAACUACAAGAAGGCUCAAUAAGCGAGGGGAGACUGCUCUCCAUAUUGCAACGGCAGCAAACCACACUCGUUUUGUGGAAAAGCUUGUUGGUAUGAUUCGCGACAGUGAUAAAGAGGUUUUAGCUAUUCGAACUAUACCACCCAAAGCCAUAGAAACAACUGCGACUGCAAUUGCUCCUCAAACUUCAUCUCUAGCUCAAGCCGUAGUAGCAGCUCCAACUGCAUUCAGAAUAGGAGAGGACCCAACCAUAAGCAGAACAUCAAUUGCAGCCGCAUUGGCAUCUGCAAAUGCAAACGUUAUACCACCCAAAGCCAUAGAAACAACUGCGACUGCAAUUGCUCCUCAAACUUCAUCUCUAGCUCAUGCCGUAGUAGCAGCUCCAACUGCAUUCAGAAUAGGAGAGGACCCAACCAUAAGCAGAACAUCAAUUGCAGCCGCAUUGGCAUCUGCAAAUGCAAACGUUAUACCACCCAAAGCCAUAGAAACAACUGCGACUGCAAUUGCUCCUCAAACUUCAUCUCUAGCUCAAGCCGUAGUAGCAGCUCCAACUGCAUUCAGAAUAGGAGAGGACCCAACCAUAAGCAGAACAUCAAUUGCAGCCGCAUUGGCAUCUGCAAAUGCAAACGCGCAUGCAGCUCAACAAGGAAAUGCCCAAGCCACAACCUUAGUAACAAUAGAGCGACAAGUAGGGUCCCCAGUCCAAGCCGCCAACACAGCAACAACUUCCAAGGCAAUUGCAUCUCAAGCUUCAUCUCCAAGUGAAGCCAUAGCAGCAGCCCCAACUUUAUCCACCAUUGAAGAGGACCCAUCCACAAGCGAAGCUCAAGCUGAAGCUGCAUUGGCAUCUGCAACCACAAACGCAAAUGCAGCUCAACAAGAAAAUGCCCUAGCCACAACUGUAGUAACAAUAGCGCAACAAGUAAGGGUCCCAAUCCAAGCCGCAACCCCAGCAACAACUUCAACAGCAAUUGCAUCUCAAGCAUCAUCUCUAGGUGGAGCCGGAGCAGUAGCCUCAGAAUCAGAGGAUCAAGGAAAUACAGCCUUUUGCUAUGCUGCUAUAUCUGGAAAUGUGAAAAUUGCUGAAGUUAUGAGGCAGAAGAAAACUGAUUUGCCAAAGAUCCGAGGUGGGAAAGGUUUCUUACCAAUUUAUAUGGCAGCUUUGGCUGGCCAUGCAGAAAUGGUGCGGCAACUGUACAAGCAUCAUCGUGACGACAACCAACUAAAACUAGAAGAUGGCGAUCUUGUUAGUUUACUUAUCGCUUUGGUAGAGUCUGAUAUAUACGAUAUCGCACUGGAGAUGAUAGAAGAUCGCCGUGAGUUGGCCACUAUGAGGGAUCAAAAGAAUAGACAGGGAGAGACAGCACUGCAUGCGUUUGCUCGAAAGCCUUGUAUACCUUCAAUUCAAACAUCUACAGGGAUCUGGAGUUCCUGCAGAAGCUUCUUUUCUGACAGACGUAAGCAUGAACAAGGUCUUAGGCUAGUCCAAAAGCUUUGGGAGGAAGUAAUAUUACUGAAGGAGCAUGAAGUUUCUGAUCUUAUGAUUCUACCUUCUGGGAAACGACUAAUAUUUAUUGCAGCUGAAAAUGGAAACGUGGAGUUCUUAACCAUACUUAUACGUCAAUAUCCAGAUUUAGUAUUGAAGGUGGAUGAUAACCAAUAUACCAUUUUUCAUGUAGCUGUUUUGAAUCGACAUGAGAAAAUCUUCCGGCUCAUCUUUCAGUUGGGUAUGAUGAAAAAUUUGAUAAACUUGCAUGAAGAUGCGGACAGGAAUAACAUAUUGCACUUGGCUGGAAAGUUGCCACCACCGAGUCGACUAAAUAUCAUACGAGGAGCAGCUCUCCAACUGCAGCAUGAACUACUGUGGUUUGAGGAAGUGAAGAAGGUUGUUAGACCAGGGCAAAUUGCUGAGAAAAAUCUAGCUGGCAAGACUGCAAGGGAGGUAUUCAUGGAUGCUCAUGAGGAUCUACGGAAAAAGGCAGAGAAAUGGAUGAUAAAUACAGCAAAUUCAUGCAUGCUUGUGGCAACCCUGAUUGCCACUGUUGUUUUUGCAGCAGCUUUUACAGUCCCUGGUGGCAAUGGACAAGAGACUGGAAUUCCUAUUUUUGUUCGUGAUACCUUGUUUAAAAUCUUUGCCAUAGCAGAUGCAGUGUCUUUAGCUUCCUCAACCUCUUCUAUCCUCUCCUUCUUGUCCAUUCUUACUUCUCGAUUCUCCAUGGAUGAUUUUCUCAAAUCAUUGCCGAGGAAGUUAAUCUGUGGACUCUUAUUCCUUUUCGUAGCAAUAAUAACAAUGAUGGUUGCCUUUGUUCUAGCCUUUUUCUUUAUUUUCAAGCAUGGAUUGAUCCGAUUUGCUAUUUCUAUUUCUGCACUUGCUUCUAUCCCAAUCGUUUUGUUCAUUUGGCAGCUCUUUCUUGUUUAUGAGAUGAUUCGUUCUACCUACAUGUGCUCCUUCGUCUUCUGUUGCAAUAACGAAACUCUCUUUCCUACAAAAUCAAAAUUUCCGAGAAAGCUAUGUUGUUCCUUCAAUUAGCUCCAUUGUUAUUCUUUUAGCCUAUCUUCAGUUGUGCGCUUGUCUCUUUUCCUACUUGUUUGAGUGUGCAAAAUAAAAUCAUUCUUGUAUUAUAUUCUUCUUGUAUAAUGAACGUUAAAUGGAAUAAUAUGUUUUUCAUAAUUUUUUUUUUA